AUGGAGUUGCUCAGGAGGACACGUAUCCCGCAGAGGCCUGUAAUGGCACCUCCCUUUGACAGCUCUCACAAUUAACCAGCAAGGCCUUCGUUGAUAGCAAAAAAGCAGACAGCGAGGGAGCAUACUGCCCCGCCUUCUGCACCUACUGGAGGCUCACCGGUAAUGGAGGGCAUGAUGAGAGACCUCCUAGGCGAGCUCUGAUUAAACAUCCUGGCAAUAUAGGCCAAUUCCAAGAGGAGAUUGGAGGAGCAGAAGCCAGGCUUACCAGUCUAGAAAAUAAACUGCAGGCGUUACAACGCGAACGUGCUCUGGCCACAGACCGCAUGACAGUUAUGGAGGAUAAGAGACGGUGGAAAACUGUAAACAUGCACAGCCUUGCAGAUGACAUGGAGGCUGCUGAAAUUCCACACUUCUUCAGGAGACUGCUGGUGAGUCUCUUUUCUUCCAAACAGGCUAAAGUUAUGCGGCUGGAUGGCUGCUACAAAAUACCAGCAUCACCAAAAACCACUGUGGGUAGCAGCAGGGAUGUCAUUAUCCACUUCUAA